UAUGCGUAAUACGCACCCCCAACGUCAUAUUUUUGGCAGCUCGCCCAUUGGAGAAGAGAAGAGGGAAAGCAGAGAUUAAUGAAGCCAAUCCUAAAUACUGCUGAGGAGUUCCGGCUUAAUUCUGUACCUAGUUCUGAGUACUGACUGAGUUUUCUGAUUUUGUUCUUGGGUUUCUUCGAAUUGUUAUUGGUUCGGAUCAUUUUUUUUUUCUUGGUUACAGGGUAGGAAAACUGCAGAUGAGGUGAGUCUCGAUUGAAAUUCAGUAACUGUUGAAGUGGGUUCGGAUUGUACUUGGUAUUCGAUCAGUUUUUUUCUGAAGAACUGCGUGUCAGAGACCACUUCCUCGAGAUAAGGUUUGAGUGGAAUCGACUAGAUUGCAUUCCUGGAAAGUGUAAACAGAGUUGGUAAAUCUAGUUUUUUAUUGGAAUUGACAGAAGUUGUUGAACCUGAAGUAGUCUGAUGCAUGCAUUUUACUAUCUGGGAGGCUGGGAAGAUGGUGUUUGAGUUUGUCUCCAACCGGUAGCGAGCGAUAAGAAAUCUAAUUUCAAGGAACCGGAUGAGGUUACUCACAACUCUGAGAUCUGGGUUUGUUUCGUUUGGUGGGAAUCAGUAAUGGGGUGCUUCUACUCGACGGCUUGCAUCGGGGCAAUACCCCAAACUCCAAGGGAUUCUCAGAUUAAAGAAGGUGAAAAUGUGAGAGCAGCUGCGGGUUCCUCUCACUCCCCCGUUUCUUCCGAUCAAGAAGAAGAGAGCGGGGAUCAAUUGAAUCAGCUAAGUAGGGAUUCUGAAAUGGGUAUUGCUCGGCUGUCCAGGGUUUCUUCACAGUUUCUACCUCCUGAUGGGUCUCGUACAGUUAAGGUUCCUGCGGGAAACUAUGAAUUGAGGUAUUCGUUUCUGUCCCAGAGAGGGUAUUACCCAGAAGCACUUGACAAGGCAAACCAGGACAGUUUCUGCAUUUACACCCCAUUUGGGUCUAGCCCUGACGACCACUUCUUCGGGGUGUUUGACGGGCAUGGGGAAUAUGGAGCUCAGUGCUCGCAGUUUGUGAAGAGGAAAUUAUGUGAGAAUUUGCUUAAAAGUAGUUGUUUUCCUAUGGAUGCCAUUGAGGCUUUCCAUUCUGCCUUCUUGGCGACAAAUUCACAGUUGCAUUUGGAUAAUUUGGAUGAUAGCAUGAGUGGGACUACAGGAAUCACGAUAUUAGUUCGGGGUAGGACAUUAUUUGUUGCAAAUUCAGGGGAUUCUAGGGCUGUUAUUGCAGAGAGGAGAGGGAAGGACAUUGUGGCUGUGGACCUAUCAAUCGAUCAGACUCCUUUUCGAGCUGACGAGCUGGAAAGGGUUAAGCAUUGUGGAGCUAGGGUUCUCACUUUGGAUCAAAUAGAAGGUCUGAAGAACCCAGAUGUGCAGUGUUGGGACACAGAAGAAGGUGAUGAUGGUGAUCCACCGAGACUUUGGGUGCAAAAUGGGAUGUAUCCUGGUACAGCUUUCACGAGAAGUAUAGGUGAUUCCAUUGCUGAGAGUAUUGGUGUUGUUGCUACCCCUGAGAUUGUUGUUUUGGAGCUCACACCAGAUCAUCCAUUCUUUGUGAUUGCUAGUGAUGGCGUGUUCGAGUUCCUUUCUAGCCAAACCGUGGUUGACAUGGUAGCGAAAUUCAAGGAUCCUCGUGAUGCUUGUGCAGCUAUUGUUGCUGAAUCUUAUCGACUUUGGCUGCAGUAUGAAACUCGAACUGAUGACAUCACUGUCAUAGUUGUGCAUAUUAAUGGGAUCACAGAUACUGGUGUGGUUCAAUCAGCAAUCCCACAUCUGCCUCAAGUUGUGGAGGUGACGGGGUCUGAAUCUCCUUCUACUGUAAGCUGGAACACUAGGAACCAUCGUAUAAGGCAUGAUCUGUCACGGGCACGUAUCCGGGCCAUUGAAUCUUCUCUGGAGAAUGGCCAAGUUUGGGUUCCCCCAUCUCCAUCCCAUCGGAAGACCUGGGAAGAAGAAGCUCAUAUUGAACGGGCUUUGCAAGAUCAUUUUCUCUUCAGGAAACUUACUGAUUCUCAAUGCCAUGUUUUGUUGGAUUGUAUGCAAAGAGUUGAGGUGCAGGCUGGCGAUAUUGUUGUGCAGCAGGGUGGAGAGGGUGACAGCUUUUAUGUUGUUGGCAGCGGGGAGUUUGAGGUCUUAGCUACUCAGGAAGAGAAAAAUGGAGAGGUGCCCAGGGUUUUUCAACGAUAUACUGCUGAAAAGUUGUCAUCGUUUGGAGAGUUGGCUCUAAUGUAUAACAAACCACUCCAGGCAUCUGUUCGUGCUGUGACAAAUGGGACACUGUGGGCAUUGAAGAGAGAAGAUUUUCGGUGGAUACUUAUGUCCGAGUUCUCAAACCUAUCAUCAUUGAGGUUACUCCGGUCAGUAGAGCUUCUUUCCAGACUGACAAUCUUACAGCUGAGCCACAUUGCUGAUUCUCUUUCUGAAGUUUCCUUCUCAGAUGGCCAAUCGAUAGUUGAUAAGAAUCAAUGUCUCUCUGCAUUGUAUAUUAUCCAGAAGGGUCAAGUGAGAAUCACUUAUGACAUGGACUUUGCCAGAAGUCCGAAUGUAUGCAGCCUCUUCUCCAGUAAUCCGGAUCAACAAGAUAGUACUGAAGUCAAUAAAGAACUAUCAGUGGAGAAGGCAGAAGGAAGCUAUUUUGGGGAAUGGGCCCUUCUUGGUGAACAAAUUGACUCCUUAAGUGCAAUUGCAGUUGGUGAUGUAAUAUGUUCUGUUUUAUCAAAAGAGAAGUUUGAUUCUGUGGUUGGACCUUUGACAAAGCUUUCACAAGAUGGUCAUAGGUCAAAAGAUCAUGCUUUGAGUACUUAUAGGGAAUCUUCUAAAGAUAUUAAUGUAGCCGGGUUUGCUGAAGUUAAAUUUGCUGACGUGGAGUGGCAGAGGUGUGUAUACGCCACCGAUUGCAGUGAGAUUGGACUCGUCCUUCUGAGAGGUUCAGGUUGGUUUUUGCUGUAUGAUAUGAUGGUUCGUUCUCCAAAUGCACCAGUUGCUAUGGGAGCACUACUCUCUUUAGCUGAAAUUAUGCUGAGCAUGAAAAGGUUCUUGAAGCAGAGGAUCAAACAACUUGGGAAGGAACAGCUGGUCUUGAAAGAGAAAGACCUGAUGAAAAGUUUGAGCCCAUCGCUGAGUGUCCCACAAAUCCUAUGUACCUGUGCCAAUCUAACACAUGCAGGCAUAUUGCUAAAUGCAACCCUGGCUUGCCCACUGGCUUCAAUACUUCACAGUCCUCUGGAUGAAACAUCAGCACGGUUUUGUGCCGUUUAUGUCGUCAUCGCAUUAGAAGAAUUGCACAAGGGAGGGCUUCUCUAUAGGGGUGUGUCUCCAGAUGUUCUAAUGUUAGACCGGACUGGUCAUCUACAGCUAGUAGACUUCAGAUAUGGAAAAAAGUUGACCAGUGAACGUACUUUCACCAUAUGCGGGAUGGCAGACUAUUUAGCACCUGAGAUACUCCAGGGGAAAGGGCAUGGUCUUACUGCUGACUGGUGGGCGUUAGGAGUUUUGAUAUAUUUCAUGCUACGAGCUGAAAUGCCAUUUGGAUCAUGGAGAGAAAGUGAAUUUGAUACAUUUGCAAAGAUCGCAAAAGGACAUCUUAAUCUUCCACAGACUUUAAGCCCUGAAGCAGUUGAUCUUAUAACAAAGCUGCUUGUGGUUGAUGAGAAUGGAAGACUUGGAAGCCAAGGUCCUGAUUCCAUCAAAAGUCACCGGUGGUUUGAUGGUGUUGACUGGAAAAAAAUUGUAGAGGGUGACUUCCCUGUUCCUCAUGAGAUUACUUCUCGUAUAGCCCUACAUUUGGAAAAUCGCAUAGAGGACUGCUCAAUUCCGGAUAUUGGUCCAUGUGAAGUCACAGAUGAACUCAACACUCCUGAAUGGCUUGAAGACUGGUGAAAGUUCUUUUUGUGUUGGCCGCAUUUUAUCUUUGCUGGAGCUCUAUGAUGGUAUUGACCCAAAGGUUAAUUGAAGUUUUCGAUCUGGGAUUCAACAAAUUUAAUGGAAAAAGGGCUGGACAAAUUUCGCACCAGGAUUUGCUUGCCCUCCUAUCUUUUUUCUUGACCACAACACUGGAGAAAAUUGGUUUUUUUGGGGUGCUUAUAGACCCAUCAACAACAUUUAGAGCUCAGUUAUGCAGGUCAGUGAGAAUUCUUUUCUGUAAAUACAUACAGAUAAUAUGUAUACAUGUAUUUUUGUCCUGAGCAAAGUUCUGUUCCAUGUUAAAUAUUGUCGAUGACAGGUAAUUUUGCACUAGAUUGAUGUGGCUCAGCCUCAUUCCUUCUUGUUUACUUGAGAAAGAUAUAUGUAAUUUCUAUUUUGGUUCUUCGGGAAAAGCUGACUUUAGUAAUGACAUAUUGAAUUUUGAA